AUGACAUGGAAUGAAGCGAAGGUGGCUUGUGAAAACCUUGGCAUGGCUCUCGCUAAAGUCGAUACUCUCAUGAAGCAGGAAUACAUCGAUACGUAUAUAGAUACAGACUGGAGCCCGAACGUGACAGGGGAACUGUGGAUUGGACUUCAUAAGAUUGAUAUUGCCCAGCCAGGGCUAACGAAGUGGUCGGAUUGUACCGAAAUCGGCUGGAACAACUUCGCUACGGCCGAACCCAGUACGUCAACUGACAAGCUGUGUUUUGCAUUAUCAGAAGACUUAAGCUGGAUAUCGCAUGUGUGUGAUACACAACUACAGUCUAUCUGUGAAUCAACAACAGGUGACUGCACAUUUGACACUUACCCUGAACAUGGCUGUGGACACACUCUAAAAAGUAGUUCGGAAUCAGACUGGGAUACGUGCCUCGCUGAAUGCCUCACUGAUACGCUCCCAACCGGUGAGGAAUGUUGGGCUGUUGGACACUGGGAUGGAUAUACAGGAGAUGACUGUUGGAAGUUUCAUUCUGCAGAUGACCCAAAUAUUUGCAUCACUGAGAUGUUUUCCUAUUCUGCAAUUAAUGUUGGCAUCAAGAUAUGUUUUGAAUCUGACAUCGACGUAUCGGUUCCUCCAAGUGUGCCUAGUUCCUUUCCGAAUACAGAUUGCUUUGUAAUUUACACUACCACAACCAUUGAUCCUACUACAAUAGCAAUAUCCACUUCACCAUCAUCAACAUCAACAGCAGAAGCAGCAGCAGAAGAAACAACAAUAAUGGAAACAACAACAACGACGACGCCACCAACAACGACAUUAUCAACAACAGCAUCAACAGGACCUACAACGAUGCCGACAACGACGAAACAGGAUACAACCAUUUCUAAUCAAAUAGCGACAACGAAUGGUACACUUCCAGUUCUAGGCGUAUGCAGUUGUACAUGUUCCAUGAUCAAUACGUCGUUGAUCAAUCUACAAGAAGAAAUCGAAAAACUCAAGGAUUUACUGACUGUUAAAAAAUCUACAACAUCUUUAUACAAACGGAAGUUUAUUAGCGUCAAGGACGACCGUGUAUCAUCAACAUCUAUUGGAUACGUAGGCGUCACUCUGCUUAUUUUGUCAUUCGGAACAAUAAUUGUCCUGGAUUUUCCUGUUUUAGUUAAUCAGAUAAAAAUAGCAUUUCGAGGUCAUUCAAAACAUCGUGUAUCCUGUGCAUAAACAUAUUUAUCAAAUUUGUUUUAAAUAAAAUAAGCAAUGAAUAUGCAUGUAUAUGUUCUUACCAGGUACACAAUGGAGACCAACUAUGGUAUCGACCAACCAUGUUUUCAGUUAUCACUGAUAAUUAAAUACAUCCAUCACAUCAUCAAGAAACUGUCUUGAGAUUUGAGCUUGAAAAAGUACAUUUACAUAUGUAUCUGAGUACCUAAAGGAUAAAGGUUAAUUCGUUUGCCACCUUCUUGUCUUUUAUGACCUUGUUCAAUUCGGGAACGAUGGAUUUAUAUUUCUUUUACUUAUAUAUCGUAUACUUGUUUAAACACUUUUAAAGAAGUAUAAGAUAUAGACUGAGAUUACAACUAUGCUCAUUCAAGUUGACAAUGUUGGAUACAUUUAAAAUGUUGUAAAAAAUUUGCAUGUUUUCUUAUACAUGUAUCACUACGCUUACCUCGUGUAUGUCAAUAUGAUAUGUUUGGUAUCAAAAUACACUAUAAACUAUUUAAAUUAACAUAAGCAUGUGGAAAUUAUUUAACAUUUUAUUAUGUGAUUCCCUUCACUCAACCUGGCGUAAGAAUAAAACAGACAAAAUAAAAGUAAUUGAAGUGGAGCCAAAUACUGACCCCACCUUUGAAACACAUUAACUAUCCUUGGAAUGAACUACCUCUGGCUCUACAUCUCACGUAUCCGAUUUAGCCCAUUUCAUAUAUCAUUUUAAAUGUAUGUAGUGACAAUGUUAAUAUUUUACAUUUAGAAACUCGUACCUACCAGAACAGACAGUGAUGAAUUCCCUCGACGACGUAUUCCGUUGUUCCCACUAUCAUUACAUAAGCUGCUUUUAUACAAAUAUGCUUCAUUGUGAUACGCGCAAGUUUACAUUGAUGUUUAUCAGUUUGAUUGUCAAUAUUAGACAGUAAUAUAUGCCAUGAUUAAAAUGUGUUAUCAUCCCAACAACAGCAACUGCUUCUUGUUUAAAAGUGAUAUUUUUUUUUGUUUUCAUUAAUAAAAGAUAGCAUGUAUUUUAUAUCUGAUGACGUCUUUUUUUAAAGUUAGAUAUCCUCUGAUGUUUGGCAGUAACUAUUACAAGCUAUGGACGUCAAUAACGCCAUCACCAUCAUACUGUAGUUAUGGUAACUCGAUAGACAUGGAAGUUGUAAGGAAAAUAAUCCGUAUUUACAUUGUAUACAUAUCGAUAAUAAAAACCAGUUAAAGUGUCAUUGACCUAAAACAACUGACUUUAUUCCUAAAAUAUUAUAGCCAUUUUGUUUGUCAACUUGUACAUUAUGGCAUUUCGAAUCUAAUGGACAACAACAACAGUUAAUCACUAGUAGGUGUAUUCCAAGCGAACACAAUACACAUUUUUAUUUAAAGACUGUAUCAUCUUAAUAUCAAACAUCUUAUCGUGUUUCUGGUCAAUACUGAAUCCAAACUGCAGAUGUAUUUAUAUCUAUAGAACGUUGAUCAAUUUCAUAGAAAAUGCCAUAGCCAUUUUCAUUUAAAAAAAAAUAUGUUUCAAAAAUAUUGAAACUUUUUCUUAAUUCGCAAAUCAAGAUAUCUAUAUUUAGAUGUUCUUGCACUUCGUAUCUGCUUUUUAAUUUCAUGUUUGGAAAAUAUUUUUUUAGGUUUUUCUAUUUUCAUUCUAAUAUUCAAUGAUGAUUUAAUAAGGAUCGUUAUAUAUAGAACGCUUAUUUCCGAUUGGUAACAGCUCCCAAGUGAAAGAAAUGUGCAGCAUUGUCGAUUGAAUAAAAUCAUAAUUGAAAUAAACAUCUAAACAAGGUGGUGUAGGAUAGGCACCUCCAUUUCGUUUCUACAAUGGUUUAGAUUUAUCACAAAUAGGCGACGGCGUACAUGAUUUGGUACAUGAUUUGGUAAUGGUUUAUUAAUGAUUUGAAAUUGAUUUGGUACAUGACUUGGUACAUGAUUUGGCAAUGGUUUAGUAAUGAUUUGGUAUUGAUUUGGUAAUGGUUUAGUAAUGAUUUGGUAUUGAUUUGGCAAUGGUUUAGUAAUGAUUCGGUAUUGAUUUGGUACAUGCUUUGGUACAUAGUUUGUUAUACAGUGUGGGCGUCGAUUCCUAUUGAACUGAAAUAAAUUAUUCAUGGUCCAGUAAAUGUCAUCCUCAUAUUACCAAUACAAGGUGUAAUACCCAUAAAAUGAACUGAUUAUGGUUGGCUGUGUAAUUUAAAUUGUGAACUUUUUAACACGCUGAGCAAUGUGUGCAUUUCCUGUAGCUCACACGAACAAGUUAUCGAACUAAAGAAUAGAAUAGUAAGUAUUCGGCAAUAUUGAUUAUGUCAGUUGAAUAAAUAACAGUAUAUUACGUUUUCAGCAUCCACUAGUGUACAUGACUUUAUUUGUGUAUGAAUAUCUUCUGCUGUGUUAAAGUCUUGAAGGAUAUGUUUUGACAAGAUGUGUAUUCAUGACAGACUUACAAACAUCCUGAUAAUGUCUACACGAGAUUGUGGAUGUGUAUUCACGUGUGUACAUGACCAAUUCUAAUUACACGACAUUUACAUUCUUUUGUAUUUUGUGCUUAUGUGAUGUUGAAUUAAUAAAAGAAAAUAAUUAUAAUGAUAGAA